AUGGAUUUCACACCCCUGUCUAGCCAGGAACCUCUACCUCCGUUUUCUGACACAACAAUGAACCACAGCAAUGAAGAACCUGACUACUUCUACAACUUGGGUGGCAGCGAGGGUAGCCCAUCACAUUAUGGAGGAGCAGUGACCUCCCGAGCAGGCACAGUAUUCCGUCAUUCUCCAGUGCUCCAGACAUUCCCUUCUCACUGGCCAGAAAGCGCCCCCGGCAUUGCACACAGCUUGGCUGCAUAUGGAAGAAGUCCCAGUGCAUUCCCACUCUAUACAUCGGGGGCUUCCCACUUGGCUCCGCUUUCCUCCUCUGCAUUAUACUCUACUGCUCCGUUCCUGCUGAGCCCUGUUCCUCCAGCUGAACGUGACGGGAGCCCCAAAUUCCUGGAGACCCUGAAGACAGAAAGGAUGAGCCCCUUGAGUAAUGACCUUCUAACCCUGGAGCCAAGGAGUCCUGGAAGUCAGACUAUACCUCCAAUGGGAUAUUUAGGAACAGUGCAAAAUUACAGCAAUAGCAUAUUCCAAACAUCAGAGGAUCGCGAGUGUGUGAAUUGUGGCGCUACAGUGACCCCACUAUGGAGACGGGAUAUUAGUGGCCAUUAUCUGUGCAAUGCCUGCGGGCUUUAUCACAAAAUGAAUGGACAGAACCGCCCGCUGAUUCGACCCAAGAAACGCCUGAUUGUCAGCAAGAGAGCUGGAACCCAAUGCAGCAACUGUCACACGAGCACCACCACGUUGUGGAGACGGAAUGCCAAUGGAGACCCGGUGUGCAAUGCUUGUGGACUGUACUACAAACUGCACAAUGUGAAUCGCCCCCUGGCAAUGAAGAAGGAUGGAAUCCAGACCAGAAACCGCAAAGUGGGCAGCAAGUCCAAGAAGAAGAAGCAACAGGUGCAAGAUGGUCUCUAUGAGAAUCACAAGAUGACCCUAGAGGAGCCAGCCAUGUUCCCAUUUGCACCCAUCCUGCAGAUACCUCCUUUGGGACACCUGGUGCCUGGCACUCCUCCACAUCACUUGAUUACUCCCCCCAGAAUCCCUCACUCACCUCCUCCUAUCACCUACAGGCCGCACCUGUUUUCUGGGGUCACAUCAGCU